UCAGCUGUGGCACUGGAAAAAUCUCAGACAACUGCAACAGAUCUACAAACAGUGAUUAACCCAUCUACAUAUAACGAAUUAAGAGGAAAUUUGACACAACUAUCCACCGAAGUGAAAUUACUUGCCACAGCUCAGAAUGUGCUAGUAUCUACAUUGAACGAAGUCAAUAUGGCCGAUCCACCCUACACUGCAAGAAAUGUAUCAAUGGUCAUAACCUCAUCGUUGAUAACGGACUAUACUUCACCAUUGCGAAAUAUCAGCAGUAUUCUGUCAAUGCUUGGAACAUUGAUGUCUACUAUAGCAAAAGAAAAGCAAGCAACCAUUAUGCAACGACUAAAUCUCAACGAAACUGUCGACACUUCGCUCAAGAACUUAAUUCAGGUUGUAACCAAUUUGAACCGAACGAACUAUGGUGUCUACAGUAGCGUAAUCCGUGCAUCCGAUAACAGUUUGAAAUCCAUAAAUCAGACGUACGCAGCAGUCCUCUCCAAGGCAUCCAACUUCAACAACGGAAACAUGACCAACCUGAUAAACUUUUUGGCCAACACUAGCACAGUAGCCUCUGGUGCUUUGGACGAAAUUCAAAACAAUACGGCCUCGUUCACAUUGAACCUCGCGUAUGCUCUAGGAAAUCAAACCACCAACAUAUCGCAAUCCAUCUACAACGGAAUUAGGAAUGUCAGCGAUACGGCCUCUACCAGUGAUAGCAUUUACGCAAGGAUCUGUGAACGCAAAUAUGCGGCGAUGUUUCAACAGUCGGGAUUAUCUCCUUCGAGGCUGAAUUUUUGCCUGCAAUCGGAAGGGGCGAGUUUGUCCAGCUUUGCGCAACUCGUGAUUCCAGCUAUGUUUGCCGACAUUUUUCGAUGGGUUGGUCCACAAGUGUUGCGAAUCAACAUGUGCAGUGUGGCGAAUGGUACCUGUAGCGUUGGGGCAUUCAAUGCUUUCUCGGAUUUCUCUUCUCGAAUGUCGACGAAAUACGACUUGAUGAGGAGAGCAGUACUUGCUGAACAAGAUUUGGCUCUGUAUCGAGCCACCAGUUGUAUUGAUGCUGUUUCCAAUGAUAUUCAGGACCUGGCCAUCAUUAUUCAAGAUAAGUUUGUCAACUGCAUGACGACCGGUAAUUGAAAUGUGAAAUCUUAUUGAUGUUAUGGGCAUUUUGUUUG